CAUUUAUAUGGCGUGUACAUGUAUUCUUAGCAAAUAAUUGAAUAUUGAGAAAUUGAGCUAAAGUUUAGAUUCCUUUCAAAAUCAAACAAGUUUAGAAUUUUAAUUAGCAUUCCUUUCUUUUCCUUGACUGCGAAGCAUGCUCUAUUUGAUACCUUUCUUCAAUAUUUAUUCGUGUUUGUAUUCUUAUUUCUAUUUACAAACACAGAUUUCAUUCUGCCAUAACUUGUCUUUCACUUCCUCCCAACAAUUAACUUUCCUGCCACCCAUCUCCAUAAUUUCAUUCACACAAAUAUUUGAAGAUUGAAGCGGCAUAUUCGACAGCUUCAGCUUGGUGCGGCUAUCUUCCCUAAUAUUUGAACAUCAAAUUAAAGCUUCAGGGACCAAAAUAAUGGAGGCUGCUAUAGAGCCAAUCACUCAAAUUUUGAAACCAUUAUGCAAAUAUGUUCAAUAUUGUAGGAAGUUCAAUGAGAAUAUAGAAAUUCUCAAAAGAAGAUUAACGGAUUUAAAUAGUCGAAAAGAAGAUGUUGAACUAAGGUUGAGAACAGAGUGUCGUAUGCGGAAAUUACCUAGAGUUGAAGUCAAUGAUUGGCUUCAAAAUUCACAAAGGAUUAAAAAUGAAGUAGAAAAUAUUGAGAGACAAGUUAAAAAGGGGAAAUGUUUGUCACGUGUAUGUUUUGGGAAGGUUGUUGUUGAGAAGAUUGAAGAAGUGAAAGAACAUUACCAGCAUGGUGCAUUUGAAAGCUUUGUAAUUGAUGCAUCUCCAGCUGCUGGAGUGGUUCUACUAACUACAACAUUAGUAGGUGAAACAACUGCAAAGAAAAUCAUGAAUAAGAUUUGGGAAUUUCUAAUGGGUUAUGAGGUUAUGAAGAUAGGAGUUUGCGGGAUAGGAGGAGUUGGAAAAACAACUAUCAUAACUCAUAUCAACAACAAACUCCUCAAGGAGACGGAUAAGUUUGAAAAUGUAAUUUGGGUCACUAUAACCCAACCACUUGAUCUUAUGAAACUGCAAGAUCAAAUUGCUGCUGCAUUGAAAGAACAUCUUCCUAGAAAUGAAGAGAUAAGGAAACGGGCUAGAAACUUGUUUAAAAUGUUGGAAGGAAGAAAGAUUGUGUUGAUAUUAGAUGAUGUGUGGGAGGCAUUUCAGCUUGAGGAAGUGGGAAUUCCUGAACCUACAAAAGAAAAUGGAUGCAAAUUAGUGAUAACAACUCGUUCACAAGAUGUUUGUCAUUCCAUGGGUUGCAAAACAGUCCAAGUGAGGACUCUCUCAGAGGACGAGGCAUUGAAGUUAUUCAUGGAUAGAGUGGGAUUUAAUAUUUUAGAAGUUCCAACUAUAAAAGACUUUGUGAAACCUGUGGUUGAACAAUGUGCUGGUUUACCCCUAGCAAUUGUUGCAGUUGCUGGCUGCAUGAGGGGAGAAUAUGACAUUUGUGAAUGGAGGAAUGCAUUGGAAGAAUUGUCUAAAAGCAUACAAAGUGUCAGUGGCAUGGAAAGAAAUGUACUAAGGCAAUUACAAUUUAGUUAUGAUCGUUUGAAGAGUAAAAAGCUGCAACAUUGUUUCUUAUAUUGUGCCCUCUAUCCUGAAGACUUCAAAAUCCCAAAAGAAGAGUUGAUAGUUUAUUGGAUUGCGGAAGGACUUGUAGAUGAAAGAGAUAGUAUGCACGCAACAAAUGAUGCGGGUUAUUCUAUAUUGAAUAGACUUGUAAACAAUUGUUUGUUGGAGAUUGUCGAUCGUGGAAGGUGCGUAAAGAUGCAUGAUCUUGUAAGAGACAUGGCAUUGCAUAUUACAAGCAACAAACCUCUGUUCAUGAUAAAACCCCAAGAGGGAUUGAGUGAAUUACCAGGGGAACAAGAAUGGAAAAAGAAUCUUGAGAAAGUUUCUUUAAUGGGGAAUUGCAUAUCAGAAAUUUAUUCAAGUAUGUCCCCAAACUGUCAAGCUCUCUCCACUUUGUUGCUACAAAGAAACCCUUUACAAGUCAUUCCUGAAGUGUUCUUUGUAAACAUGCUUAGUUUGAAGAUUCUUGAUCUUUCUUACACAAAGAUUGAGAACUUGCCAAAUUCCAUCUCCAACUUGAAGAAUCUCAUAGCAUUGUUGCUUAAUCAUUGUGAACAAUUAACGGAGGUUCCUUCUUUAAAGAACCUUUUGGCACUUGAAAAUUUGGACCUUGGGUUUACAAACAUACCCGAUAUGCCAGAAGGUAUUGAAAGGCUAACAAAGCUUAGAAGUCUUGAUCUCUAUCUACCUGUACCAGUUAUGUUGCCAACUGUAAUGCUGCAUACACACAGUCGUCUCCAAAAAUUGAGAAUAUAUUGCGGAUCUAUGAAUUCUGAACCAGCAUUAACAUCAGAAGAGGCAAUUAGAUUCAGUCGACUGGAUACUUUUGAAGCGCAUUUUGUUAGUUUUUAUGACUUCAACAUGUAUGUCAAAUCCAUAGCUGGUCAAGCACCAAGACGCUACCGUCUCCUGGUGGCAUCAUGUUUAGAAGAAGUUCCAAUCUCUGAAUUCUUCUCUCUACCAGAAUAUGAUGAUUACUUCCCAGAUGUAGAAGGCGUUAAUAAAUAUGUAACGUUAUAUACCACUGGUGAAGGAGAAGAUUUGGUUGUGCUCUCAACUGACGUUCAGUGUCUAAUGGUAAGAGUGUGUCCCGAAAUUAGUGACAUAAAGGUUCUAAUGCUAGGCAAUUAUCCUAACCUCAAAUUUCUGUAUCUGAUGGAUUGUUGGAAUUUGAAGAAGUUGGUCUCACCAAAGUUAUUGUUGGCUUUGCAAAACCUGGAAGUGAUUGAAGUUGAGGGUUGUGAUAAAAUUGAGGAGAUAAUAGCAGAUGAUAAUGAAGAUGAAGAAGAAAAUGAGCAAGGAGGCAGUGGUAGCACCAUAUUUGCUCUCCCAAAAUUGAGAGAAAUGCGUCUGAAAUCCCUUGGAAAAUUGAAGAGGAUUUGCAGUGGUAAUGCAGUACUGGUUUGUGAAUCUCUGCAACAAAUUCAUAUAUCAAGGUGUGGAGAAUUGAAGAGGUUCCCUGUGUCUCUUCCCUUGCCUGCAAUUAAGGAAAUCAAGGUAAACAAAAACUGGUGGGAUUCCUUGGAGUGGGACAAUGCCAAUGCCAAAGCUUCUCUACAACCCUUCUGUAAGUUCACCAAGUGGCUUUACGACUGAAACCAUCAUGCAAAGAGAAAAGUGGCAGUGUGGACUGUAACUCUUUGUUCUUCAUAUUGCAAAUAAUAAUUCCAUCAUCCCAUGGAAGACUUCGGCUUGCUUUAAGUUAAUCAUGUAAAUAUUUGAAUGUUUCUGUAAUUGUUAUUUGUGAUUUGAUAAAAUGGGACCAUGAAGUGUAUUCAUUCAUUUUACUGUUUAAUUUCAUUAAAUUGAUAAUCAUGGCAUGCAAUUCAAUUGUUCAAGAGUUCA